CACCAAACAAACUACAAUGUUAAAACCGAGCUUGAACAAAGCCUUACUCAAGUCCGCCACUGGUAACUACCUCCCGGCGAUGGCGGUUCCGCGCGAUUGCUUCCAAAGCAACAUCCUUUCGCGUCCUUUAUCUUCCUCCACCUCCAUCUCCUCCCACCCUAGGAAACUUACCGCCCUUACACCAGUCACUAGACGGAGCACAGUGACUCCCUUUCCCAUAGCACAGGUGAGUACCACCAGGGCCUUUUCAUCCAUACCCCCACAGAACAUGCAGAUGCGUAUGGACCCGAACCAGGAAGCGGAGGAGCCGGCGUUGAAGAAGUAUGCCACUAAUUUGACCGACAUGGCCAAGGCGGGGAAGCUCGAUCCUGUUAUCGGUCGUGACGAGGAGAUCCGGCGCACAAUCCAGAUUCUAUCGCGCAGGUCCAAGAACAACCCGGUGUUGAUUGGGAACGCUGGAACGGGGAAGACCGCCAUCAUGGAGGGCUUGGCCCAGCGGAUCGUCAAUCGUGAGGUGCCCGAGCUGAUGCAGGGCAAAGAAGUGGUUGCGUUAGAUUUGGGAUCGCUCAUCAGUGGGAGCAAGUAUCGUGGGGAGUUUGAGGAGCGCUUGAAGGCUGUGUUGGCGGAGCUCGACAAAGCAAAUGGAAACAUUAUCUUGUUUAUUGACGAGUUGCACAUCUUGCUCGGGUUGGGAAAAUCUGAGGGAUCGAUCGAUGCCUCUAACAUGUUAAAGCCGGCGUUGGCCAGGGGCCAGUUGCAGUGCUGCGGGGCCACCACCAUUGAGGAGUACCGCAAGUAUAUUGAGAAGGACGCCGCAUUAGCGCGCCGGUUCCAGUCCGUCUUGGUCAAGGAACCAACUGUGGACGACUGCAUCAGCAUUUUGCGCGGAUUGAAGGAAAAGUACGAGUUACACCACGGUGUGCGCAUCACCGAUGCCGCCAUUGUGAACGCGGCCAAGAUGAGCGAGCGGUACAUCACCGACCGGUUUUUGCCCGACAAGGCGAUUGACUUGAUGGACGAAGCGUGCUCGGCGUUGCGCUUGCAGCACGAAUCCAAGCCGGACGUGAUGGAGCAGUUAGAGCGGACCGUUAUGACGAUGGAGAUCGAGUUGGCCUCGUUGAAGAAGGAGACUGAUGAGGUUUCGUUGGAGAGAAAGGCAAAGUUGGAGAGCGACUUGAAGCUCAAGCAGGAGGAGUUGGGGACGUUGACCAAGAAGUGGGAGGCUGAGAGAAGCGAGUUGGAACAGGUCCACGCCACCAAAAAGUUGCUAGAGGAUGCCAAGAUGGAGUUGGAAAAGGCUACUCGUGAGGGCAAGUACGGCGAUGCCUCCCAGUUGCAGUACGCCAAGAUUCCCGAGUUAACCUCCCGGUUGAAGGAAUUAACUUCCAAGGCGGCCGCGUCCAACUUGUUGCACGAUUCGGUCACGGCAGACGACAUUUCCCGUGUCAUUUCCAAGAUGACGGGUAUCCCUACCUCGUCACUACUCCAGUCGGAAAGAUCCAAGUUGUUACACAUGGAAGAAACGUUGAACGCCAAGGUUAUUGGCCAGGAGGAAUCGAUCAAGGCGAUUUCCGAUGCCGUGAGAUUGCAGCGUGCGGGCUUGACCAAUCACUCGAAGCCGAUUGCUAGCUUCAUCUUCUUGGGCCCAACCGGCACGGGUAAGACUGAGUUGACAAAGUCCUUGGCCGAGUUCUUGUUCAACGAUACGGGCGCCAUGAUCCGGUUCGACAUGUCCGAAUUCCAGGAGUCACACUCUAUCUCUAGGUUGAUCGGGUCUCCGCCGGGCUACGUUGGGUACGACGACAAUGGUGAGUUGACCGAGGCCGUCAGACGCAAGCCUUACUCCGUCGUGUUGUUUGAUGAGUUUGAAAAGGCCCACAGAGACAUCUCCAAGUUGUUGUUGCAGGUUUUGGACGAGGGUCAGUUGACCGACUCCCACGGUCGCAAGGUGGAUUUCAGAAAUACCAUCAUUAUCAUGACCUCCAACCUUGGACAGGAGUUGAUGGUUGAGCACUCUAGCAAGGAUGGGGACGAGGGGAUCAGUGACGAGGUGAGGAGUGCGGUGAUACAGACCUUGAGACACACCUAUCCACCGGAGUUCCUUAACCGCUUGGACGAGAUUCUCAUUUUCAACCACUUGUCCCGUAAGUCCUUGGAAAACAUUUUGGCCUUGCGCCUUGGCGAUAUCCAGACCAAUUUGUUGGACGAGAAAAAGUUGACGCUCGAGGUGGAGGACCUGGCAAAGGAGUGGUUAUUGAGAAAGGGUUUCGACCUCAAUUACGGUGCCAGACCCUUGAACCGUGUGAUCCAGAAGAAGGUUUUGAAUCCAAUGGCUCGUAUGGUUAUUAACGAUGAAUUGGUGAAGGGUGAUAUCAUCUCCGUCACCAAGGAUGCUUCGAUGGACUCGUUGGACGUCGUGGCUGUGCACCGAGAAGGGCCAAAGGAGUCUCAAGCUGAAGACCUUUAGGGUUUGAGAUUUUUUCUACCGGUAUCUGAGUUUUUUUUUUUUUUUUCUAGGGGUACCAGGCGAAAGUAUGUACAUAAUUAUAAAGAUAUUA